AUGGGUGUCUCCGAGAUUCAAGCUAAUGUGGCCAUAGGUCUGUUGCCUCUAUUGAAAUCCAUUCAACGUCCCACAGAGCUGAAGCAACAUGCUGGCGAAACAUUCGCUGUCGAUGCUUAUGGCUGGCUUCACAGAGGUUCGAUAUCAUGUGCUAUCGAGCUUGCACAGGGUAAACCCACACAAAAAUAUGUCUCAUUCUGCAUGCGCCGAGUCAGAAUGAUGCAACAUUUUGGCGUGACCCCCUAUUUGGUCUUUGACGGUGGGUACCUCCCGAGCAAGGCUGGCGAGGAAGCGCACCGCAAACAACGCCGGGAAGAUAGUCGACAAGCAGGCAUGGAACUUCUCAAAGCCGGAAAACCCUCAUUGGCACACAAGGAGUUGCAAAAGGCUGUCAAUAUCUCGCCGGAGAUGGCCCGCAAUCUCAUCGAGGAGCUCAAGAAGCUAGGUCUUCCCUAUGUUGUCGCUCCCUACGAGGCCGACGCCCAAAUGGUCUACCUCGAACGCCAGGGUCUAGUCAGCGGCAUUGUUUCAGAAGACUCCGAUCUCUUGGUCUUUGGUGCAAAGAGACUCUUCACCAAACUUGACGAUCACGGCCAGUGCGUCGAGAUCAAUCGCCGAGAUUUUGCCGCGUGCAGAGAUCUUCACUUGGUUGAUUGGACAGAUGCCCAGUUUCGUCAUAUGGCAAUCUUCGGCGGUUGCGAUUAUUCUUCGGGAAUAAAGGAUUUUGGACUGAAGACUGCAUAUCGGAUGCUACGAAAAUAUAAAACUCCUGAAAAGGUCAUCAAGAGGAUCCAGUUGGAAGGCAAACUGCGCGUCCCGUCGGAUUAUUUGAAGGAGUUCCAACAAGCAGAGCUCACCUUUCUCUACCAGCGAGUCUACUGCCCCAAUGCCCAGGAACAGGUCUUCCUUACACCACUUCCUGAAGGGGUUAAUGCCGAGGACAUGCCGUUUAUCGGGGCAGCUGUUGAGCCAGCAACUUCUCAAGCCAUUGCGCGAGGUGAUGUUGAUCCCAUUACGAAAGAGCCAAUCAUCUUGCCUCUAUCCCCUGCCUCCAGAAAGCGCCGAGCCUCUUCGUCCGUUGAAGAGAGCCAGAAUGCGGCGAUUCCACCUAAACCUAUAGACUCUUAUUUCAAAAAGGACCGCCGCAUCCCGCUUGGCAACAUGGAUCCGAACUGCUUUUCUGUCGAUACGCAGCGCGUGGCAACGAUGACAGAAAAUGGCCAAAGACCGAUAGUCUUCCCUCUACCUCGUCCCUACGUUGAGGACACAAAUGGCAGGCCCAAUAACGCGGCUCGACCUUACACAUCUCAGAACCCAUCAAGUGGACUUAUACGAACUCUUCGAAGACGCACUGAGCCAAUCGAGAGUCUUUUGGUCGAUAUGGGGGCCAACUUAAGUCCCGCUCCACGUCGUCAAACCCUUGGGCCCACGCAUCGAGCCGCAACUGUUCCACCACGACCCGGCUUGUCAUCUCGGCCACCAAAGAAAGCAAGACUUUGUGAUGAUGGCAAUGUGGAUGCCCAACCCAGUAAGGAGGUCAGCAAAUUUUUCCCGUCUGGCCAGAACCAAUCAACAGCCCCAUCCAAGUCCGAAGGCUACUUGAUGUCAGAUGAUUCGAUUGAGGACGUGUUCCGAGAUCUCCCAGACAUGGACGAAUGGGCAUCUCCCAAGAAAGGAAAGCAGAUUUUGGUAUUCGAAGAGCGCCUCCACAACAAGGAGCACGAUAUUCCUAAGGAUGACGAAAGUGAGAUCACCAAGAAGACCUCACCAAGCGAGGCGACAGCCUCUGAGACGCCUCUGCAGCCAACUCUCCGAAAAUAUGCCUUCAAUGGGUCUUCCAGUUCAAGUACAACAAACAUGCGCCGCUCUUCACAAAGUCAGCCUACACCUAGCUACUCAGUCCAAUCUUCGGCCGCUCGCUCCACUCCGGGAUCGUUGACCUGGUCGGCCAGCACUGCUGCUACAUCGCAUGCGACGCCUUCGACCCCCGUCAUGACUCCCCUACAACGACUUGGCGCUCGAGCGCUAGGUGGAAAGAAACCGCCACCAACGCCGACUUUUGCUGUGCCGAAACCAGUCAAAAGACGGAGCGGGGGGAGACGAAGCCUUGACGAUCUUCCUGUGAAUCCAUCCUUUGUCCCACUACCUCCGGUAGACGUUGCAGAAGUAGAAGCUCUACAUCAAACAGAAGGCAGCGAAGACUUUAUCGUUCCAGAGAGCGAGAAUGAAGAUGAAGGACAAGAAAAUGUGGGAAAGAGAACCACCAGGUCAACAAGACUCGACCUUUCGCGGUUCUUAUUCGCUUAA